GCGUAUGGAGGGGCAUGCAGUACAGGAGGCCAUGACAGACACAGAGUGUGACUUUUUGUGUAGCGAUUAGUCCCAUCAGCAGUGGCUAGCUGGGAGAGAGAGAGAGUGAGUGAAGCAAGGGUCGAGCCGUCUCCGAGGCAGAGAGGGAAGCGCUGAAACAGGACCCGGAGGAAACGACCACAGAGGGCCGGGAUGAAGAACCAGGACGAGGGCCCGGAAGACGGGGGCAUGAAGGAGAAAGAGGGCACGCCGGAGAGGGAGGGCGACAGCCAGAAACGGACCAAAGACCGGCGCAACACGGCGGAGCAGGGGGAGCGGCCGGAUGACAAGGCGGAGGCCCGGCGGUCGGGCUCGCUCCAGCGGGCCGGCUGGGUGCUGGGCGAGAGGCUGGCCAUCAACGUGUCGGGCAUGCGCUACGAGACCCAGCUGCGCACGCUGGCGCAGUUCCCCGACUCGCUGCUGGGCGACCCGCGCCGGCGGCUGCGCUACUUCGACCCGCUGCGCAACGAGCUGUUCCUGGACCGCAGCCGCGUCUGCUUCGACGCCAUCCUCUACUUCUACCAGUCCGGCGGGCGGCUCCGCCGGCCGGCCAACGUGCCGCUGGACGUCUUCAUGGACGAGCUGCGCUUCUACGAGCUGGGGGAGGAGGUGCUGGCGCGCUUCCGCGACGACGAGGGCUUCCCCAAGGAGGAGGUGCGGCCGCUGCCCGCCAGCCAGCUCCAGCGCCGGCUGUGGAUGCUGUUCGAGCACCCCGAGUCCUCCUCCGGGGCCCGCAUCAUCGCCAUCGUCAGCGUCAUGGUCAUCGUGGUCUCCAUCCUCAUCUUCUGCCUGGAGACGCUGCCCGAGUUCAGGAACGAGAAGGAGCAAGCCCAACACCACCACCACUCUCACUCCAACUCCAACGGCACCGCGCCCGCCCAGCCUGCACCCAACCCCUUCAUCGACCCCUUCUUCCUGGUGGAGACCAUGUGCAUCUGCUGGUUCUCCUUCGAGCUGAUCAUGCGCUUCUCCUGCUCGCCCAGCAAGACGCACUUCUUCAAGGACGUGAUGAACGUCAUCGACUUCUUCGCCAUCAUUCCCUACUUCAUCACCCUGGGCACGGAGCUGGCCAAGUCCAAGGGCUCCUCCCCGGCCAUGUCCCUGGCCAUCGUCCGGGUCAUCCGGCUGGUGCGCGUCUUCAGGAUCUUCAAGCUGUCCCGCCACUCCAAGGGCCUGCAGAUCCUGGGCCAGACUCUGAAGGCCAGCCUGCGCGAGCUGGCCCUGCUCAUCUUCUUCCUCUUCAUCGGAGUCAUCCUCUUCUCCAGCGCCGUCUACUUCGCGGAGGUCGACCACAAGGAGACGGCCUUCACCAGCAUCCCAGAGGCCUUCUGGUGGGCGGUGGUGUCCAUGACGACGGUGGGCUACGGGGACAUGUACCCGGUGACGGUGGGCGGGAAGCUGGUGGGCACCAUGUGCGCCAUCGCGGGCGUGCUGACCAUCUCGCUGCCCGUGCCCGUCAUCGUCUCCAACUUCAGCUACUUCUACCACCGGGAGACGGAGUGCGAGGACACCACGGAGUACACGCACGUCAGCACCUCGGUGUGGGAGAACGAGGAUGAGGACGAGGGGGGUGACCACUACCUGCCCCUGGAGGGAGAGGCCAACGGGGGCAUCUGCGCCCCCCUCAACCGGACCCUGCUCAGGGGGCUGUGCGCCGGGCAGGAGGGCGAACAGAGGGGGAGGAACAUGUACCUGAGAGAGCCGCUGGUCACGCAGGUCUGAAACAGGAAGAGAGACGGGAUGCAGUGUACAGACACACACACACACACACACACAUGUACACACACACACACACAUGCACACACACACACACAUGUACGGACAAACAAACACAGAAACACACACACACAAAGACACACACACACAUGUAUGCACACACAGACACACAUACAUGGAUACACACAAUAACUGACUAAACACAAUGCUUUGUAUUACCAAAUAAUACAAAACAUAGGACAUAGGCAACUUUGCACGCAGAAAACAGUUCAUGCCUGUGUAAUGGAGAGGAUAAAACCAGAGAGAGAGAAAGAGAUGCAAAUAUCAUAACAUUGAUGUUUACUCAUAUUUUACCCAAAGCAGUUACAAAUGGCUUUAUUUAUUUGUUAUAUAUUUAUUAUUUGUGUUUAUUAGUGAUUAUUAUUCAUUAUUACAUUGUUUUGCGUUUGAUCUGAAUUAACUGUAUAUUUAUUUAUAAAGCUAAAAUGUAAUGUAUAUUUGAAAUGAAUUGGCAUGUUCAUUUGGGGGUAGAGUUUGUUUGAAUAACUUUUAAUAGAUUCAUAUCAUUACGCAUUUGUUGCGCCUGAUAACUUUUAUUUGUGACUUUAAUAUUUUUGCAUAGAUAAGGGCAACUACACACACACUAACAUUAUAUAUACACCCAGUGACUACUAUUAGGUAUUUAUUUGACUUCAAGUUUUGACAUGUUAUGUGUUCAGAGAUGCUCUUCUGCAUACCACUGUUGUAAUGUUAUUUGAGUUCCAGUCCAUUCUCCCCAGAGCCCUUUCAUUAACAAGUUAUUUUGCCCACAGAACUGCUGCUCAUAGAUAUUGGAGUUUACAUUCUCUGGAAACUCUAGAGACGGUAGUAUCAUUAAAAUCCCAGGACAUCAGCAGUUUCUGAGCUACUCAAACCACCCCCGUCUGGCAAAAGCAGUCAUUGCACGAUUUAAGUCACUUAGGCCACAUUUCUUCCCCAUUCUGAUGUUAGGUCUGAACAACAACUGAACCUCUUGACAAUGUCUGCAUGCUUCCAUGCGCUCAGCUGCUGCAACAUAAUUGGCUGAUUUGAUAUUUGCAUUUAUGAGCUGGUGUCCAGGCCAACCUAAUAAAGUGGUCACUGGGUGUAAUAUACUGUAUAUGUUUAUUGUAUGCUCCUGAGACUCCAGAGCAGAAAAGGUGUAAGUAUUUUCAUGCUUUUGACAUAAUGGAUAUACACUCAGUGAGCACUUUAUUAGGUAUUUAUUAGACUUUUUUUGUUUUGUUUUGUUUGGUAGCCAUUGUCAUUUCCAACUGCGUGUGUUAGCGUGUGUUAGCGAGGGAUACACUGUCCCUGGGCAGCCCCGGCUGGAUCUGGCCAUCCUGAGCACAAUCUGGCCACCCAUAAGCCUUCUCCCAGCCACAUAGUCCCGCCUUCGGAGCUGCGAGCCCAAUUAUGCUGCUCCGUGUGGGCAGGCUCCCUGAUGCCUGCAUCAAGGUCCAUUACUGUAGCCAUGCACCACCAGGGCUUGCAAAAAAUGUCUUCUGCUACUGUAGCCUAUCCACUUAGAGGUUUGACGCAUUGUAUCCAGAGAUGCUCUUCUGCACACCACUGUUGUAAUGUUCCUGGAUGCUUUUUUUUUGUUUUUCGCACCAUUCUCUGCAAACUCUAGAGACUGCUGUGCGUGAAAAUCCCUGUAGAUCGGCAGUUUCUGAGAUACUCAAACCACCCUGUCUGGCACCAACAAUCAUUCCACGGUCAAAGCCACUUAGAUCACAUUUCUUCCCUAUUCUGACAUUUGGUCUGAAAAAUUAGGCAACAAGCAUGCAAAAUCCCUUUGUCAGCCAUCGGCUUGGGAAAAACCAAAGAACUGAUACAGUAUAUGGUAUUUGACCAUCACAAGUGAGGGUAUUGGGUACAAAAAAAUACAUAAACAGUUGACCAUACCACAUAGCACUGUAAAGGCAAUCAUAUGCUAAAGUUAUGGAAUGCCCAAAUGGUGCUUUGUUUCAUUCAUUGUGCCAUUGAUCUUAAAUAGUGCCCCUGGUCCACUGGCAGCAAAACAUCUCUCAAAACAUCAAUGACCCACCGUAUUUGACAGUAGGUAUGAAAUGCUUCUCCUUGUAUGCAUUCCUCUUUUGGCGGCAAACACGUCGAUGAGGCUUUGUGCUCGGUAAGGGCUUUCUUCAUGCCACCCUUCCAAAGAGUUUGUUGUAAUGGGUGGGAGUGCCAUUUUAUGGUUCUUUUUGAGACUUGGUGCCACCAAUAUGCAACCAAUCAAUGCAAUUCUUAAACCAUGAUCCGUGGGUUCUUUAGGUUCCUUCCUCACUGUCCGUGGGGACAACAAGCACUUGUGUCCUCUUCCUGGCAAAUGUCCUGACAUCUGCUCGGAAGCUGAAACUUGGUCAUACAUAAAUUGUCCAGCAGGACAAUGACUCCAAACAUACAUCAAAAUCCACACAGAAAUAAGUAAAAACAUUUUCUGCAAAAAACAUCUCAGUCUCCAGACUUACAUCCCAUCAAAAACCUGUGGUCUGAAUGGAACGGUCAAACGGUCAAAAAUCCCUCCAAAUGUGUUCUCUAACCUUAUCACAACACGAUUCAUGGUUGUCAUCUUUGCAGAAAGUAUUAAACCAAUAAUUGUGAAACGUG